UACACCGAUCAAGUACCUAGGAAAAAGUUCAGCGAUCAUUGAUCUCCAGAAGCCAAAAAAUAGAAGGCCAAAAAACAAUUGUUGCUUCUUGCCUGGAAUCUCCUUUAUGGGCAUAGAACCAGUGAAAAGUACGCACUUGACCCAGAUUUCUGUACCGAGAUCAGAUCGUGACGAAUGAUGGGGCACAUUUUUGGGGUAUUUAAGCGGCAGUUUAGCCCGAGGCUGAAGACAAACAUGGCUGGACAGCGAUCAAUGAUUGUACUGAUCGUGGCUACGAUCUUAGCCCUUUCGAUACCGGGGAUCUUUGGCAAAAGCUGUAGGUCGAGCCUCCAAUUGCGAGCCCAAAACGAUCCCAUAGAUCUCAGCCAACUGAGUGAAAAGCAGCUACAACAGCUAGUCCAGCAGCUUGCCAAUUUGCAAUCCGCGAAAGAUGAAGCUGAUGAUGAUCUGACGGAGGAGGAUGAAGAGGACACUAAACCGAAUCUGCAGGAUCUACAGGAUCCUGAGGACGAUCAUCGUGGUGGAAGUCGGCCAUGGAACAGAGUGCAGCGCAUUAUCCGGCGACAGCUGGUGAAGAUACCCAAAAAAUACCUAAAGAAGCUACUCAGGCAAUUUGGAUUGGCCAGAAGUGCUGGAUAUAGUGGGCCGAGGAGAGGUGAGGUUAUACCCCAAUUGGAGGAGUACUACCUUAUACCACUAGAGUGAUAUAAAUGAGAGAAAAUACACGUAACUUGACAAAAAAUUAAUACCUUGGCUCUGUUUUGGGAACUGCAAGAUAUUGAAAGAAAAAAUUUAUAUUUUUUGAAAA